AAAAAAAUGAUAGAGAGAGAGAGAGAGAGGAGGUGCCUUUUAAUCUUUAAGUAAUAUAAAAUUCAAAUGGCCAAGUUUUUUAUAAAUUAAAAUAGGAUCUUGAGACAAAGCAAAUCAGAUUAUAGUUAGAGUCAAUCAAGGGGGGGGGGACAGGGAAAGAAAAGUUUUUUUUUUUUAAAUUGCGGUGAAACUUUACUUUGCUGAUCUUUAUUUCGGAGGGACAACAUGAAUUAAGCUAAAAUAUAUCCAUAUACAUAUUUAUAUAAGCUUUUUUUUUGUUUUCUUUUUUUCUAUAUAGUUAAUUAAGAUCUUUGUUGUAUUGAUUACAGGAUCAAUUUACUGUGUGUACGUGAUUUUCAAUUCAAUUCAAUUCAAUUUAAUAUACAGUUAUGUUGUACAUAUUUUUGAUUGUUACUGCUUUCAUUGCUUUUGUUCAAGCAGUCCCUAUUGAGCCCCGCGUCAUCACAUCCCUUUCUGGUGUAUCUUAUAAUUCUCGUAAUCCUGAUGGUUCCUGUCAAACGACACAAGAAGCAAUCGAUACUAUCAAAUCAAUGAAAUUGCAUGGUAUCCAACAUAUUCGUACUUAUUCUCAAGGAUGUAAUGCACUUCCAAACAUUAUAAAGGGAAUCGAAGCCGCUGGGGGUGGUAUGACGGUGCUUGCGGCGGUUUGGAUUGAUGGUACCUCAAAUGACGAUAAAGAAAUUGCUUUACUUGAAGAGAAUCUAAACACAAUCUCAGAUUUGAAAGCCAUUCGCGGUAUCCUUGUUGGUAAUGAAGUCCUCUUUAAUAACUAUAUCACUAGUUCUCAACUCGUACAAAGAUUGAAUUCUGUUAGGGCCAUCUCGAGGGGGAUCCCUGUAGGCUCUGCCGAAACAGAUGGAAGUUAUAGUGAUGAAUUAAUCGCAGCCUCUGAUUUUAUGGGUGUCAAUAUUCAUCCUUACUUUGAUACCUCAGUUACUACGAUAGAGGAUGCUUAUAAAAACUUGGUUCUUCGAUUUAAUAACAUCAAAGGUAGAGCAGGAGAUAAGACGAUUUAUAUCACUGAAACUGGCUGGCCCAGUGCAGGUUCUGGUUCUGGUGCUGGUCAACCUAGUCUUUCUAACAUGGAAGCCUAUGCUACUACUGUAUCAAAAAGCUCUUUACCUUAUUAUUAUUUUGAAUGGAUAGAUGCUACUUGGAAGUCUUCUGCUAGCAUUGAAGUAUGUCCAGUAGUAUUGAUCUAUGCACAACUUGGUCCCACCAUUAUCAAGCCAGAACAAAAUGCGACAGUUCCAGCAGGAGGUCAGUUUGAUAUUGUUUACGAAUAUCAAAAUAUGGGCACAGGAAACUAUUCUAUCGAUAUUCAAGUUUGGCAAGAUGCAGCAGUAAGCCUUCCUAUCUUUGAUAUUGUAAAAGACCAUAAAAUUAAAUCAGGUAAUUCAUCAGGUAUUCAAAUCAGUUUCAGAAUGAAUGAUUCAUAUACUUGGAAGGUUCAGCGUGGUCUCAAUCAAACAUUUUGGUUAACAGUAACAGAAACAGCACAGACAGCAUUUUAUUCAAAAGGUAUUUCGCUUCGAUCUCGACCUGUAUUACUUCAUACAAGUCAUGCUACAAAGAUAUCACUUUCUCUUCCUAUUCUUAUUUCACUUGUUGGAUUCUCCUUUAUACUCAUGAUAACCCUGUUUGUUUAAUUUCAUUACUAUUAUUCUCGACAAAAGUAGUAAUGCGCAUGAAUACCCGGUAGCUACAUUAAAAAAAAUCUACGCUGAAUGUUAUAAUAUUAAAGGUUAAUAAAGUAAUUUCGGAUUUUAUUUUUUU